UCACUUCCUCCACCCACCCCAGCAGUCAGAAGUAUAAGGCGGCAGAGCCGCCUGCUGCCUUUGCCCAGCACCCCAAGCUCGGGCCCACCCUAUGGAGCACUGAGGAGCAGCAAGCCAGGAGUCCCUGAGCGGCCCCACCAUGCCUCGGCCUGGCCUCAUGCCCCUGCUGCUGCUGCUGCUGGGACUGGCUGGAGCUGCGCCACUCUCCAAGCAGGAGGUCACCCGAUGCCUGGAAGAGGCCCUCAAAGACAAGUUAGCCCAGGAGGGCCCUCGGGAAGGGCCAUGCAUGCAGCUCUUCCAAGAAGAUGAAAGCCUCACAACCCUGCUCCGGACACUGGAGGAGCUUGGGCACCAAGAGAUCUCCAAGCACCACCUGGGUCCUGAGAUCGAGACAGAGAGAGAGGAGCAAGAGGAUUUCAGGAAGAAAAAGAGGGGCCCAGAGGCACCUGAGGGGGAGAGGAGGUUGGGCCAGGAGGAACAACAUGAGCUGGAGCGCCUGGAGCAGAUGGGGGAGGAGCUGAAGAGGGCAGCUGAGGCGCUGGGCAGGAGGGGCUGAGGAGCAAGUGGCCCUGGUGCCACCUUCAGACCACCCCCCCCCCCUCCUGACAUCUGGCCAUGGUCUGGUUCCUGCCAUUCUUGCUCACACCCAGGAGCCCCUCCUCAGGUGGUGGGGAGAGAGGGCAAGAGAAGGUCACCAUAAAAAUGGACUUGUGGGAGGGAGGGGGCCGGGGACUUUGCCCCCCAUCCUGUUACCCCCUCCCCCCAAGGUGAAUAAAGCACAGAUAAAAAGCA